ACCCAACCGGUGCUUCCAACCCAAGGGCCUGGAAUUGUAUCAUGCGAUAAUGGGGGCUUUGUGAACCAACAAAGGGACGGUUUCCCUGGUGUGGAAGUGGUCUCUCCAUUCAAGAAAGGGUUGCAUGAAAAAAAUGUUGAUCGGCUUGAGAAACCAGAUUGUCAAUUGGAAAGUACUGGGGAACAUCAUCAGUCUCAAUCUGAUGAUGUUGGAUUGUUUGACGAAAAAAAAAGUGGUCAGUGAAGGUGUUUUAAAGGCUAAGAUUACAUGUGGCGACAGACUUACAGGGUACAGGAAAUAUGAAGUGUUGUCUUUUGACAUGAAUUCCAUAAAAGGAAAUCAGGUUACGAGUGGAGGUACUGAAUGUAUAGGGCUGGAUGGUUUAGACAGUGCUCACAAAGGGUAUUUUCCACAAAAUGGGAACUCUACUGCAAACUUGCCUACAAAAGACAACACUGUUUCUGAUCAAACGGGCCCUCCCAUUGCAGCCCUGCAGCUCAGUGUCAAAGAUGAAAGUGCGAGAGAAAGCGAAAGUCCUGUUGCAGUAGGGGAUGGAUCCAGUUCGAGCCAAGAUGGAAAUGCCUCUUUCAAUGUGUGUUGUGAUGUUUGGGAUUGGCUUCGUGGGGAGCGUGGACAGGGGUGCGUAGCCUACAGAUGCAACCUUUGCUGUUGCGUCCAACAGAUUAUACUGAAGCUUCUGCCAUCGUCUGCAGCAAUUCCAGCAGAAUUCUAGCCAUUCGCAAGCUUGAACUCGAAUUGCAGCUAUAUGCAUGGCUGUAAACAGGAAAUCCGUGAGAAAUCUCAUAUCGUGGGGUCCUUUUUCAUGGGUUGAAUAAUUAGCUGCAUUACAAUCAUCUUUCGUAUACAUCUCAUUUCUAUUAGCAUUUUGAUAUCUUGCUUUGAUACUGUUGAUUGGUGAAAGUAAAUACAUUUCAUUUGUGUCAUACACUUCUAAAUGUCAUUUUUUUUCAGUAGAUGGGCUGUUUCUGGAUCAUUUGAUAGAAAUUUCAAACAUUUCAUUUGAUUUCCUCUGAAUAAUACUUGGAUGUACUUUUUUCGUUGUUCC